ACAACCGCACACCACCUGCUCGAUCAAUUACCCCGCGCCCCCGCUCGCCUUCGCCCCUGCCGAUGAGCUUUCUCGCCGGGCGCCUCGCCGCACAGGAGGGUGCAUACUUCCUCCAGGAGUCCAGGAACGCCGCCGGCCGCCUCGCGCAGAAGCUCCCCGCGCCCGAACAUGGGCCCAGGCCGGCAUCCCCGCCUCCGUCGGCCGACGUGCUCCCGGAGAUCCUCCGCCACUCCAUGCCUUUAAGGCCCACGCUGCCUCCGCCCAACUCAACCCUGUACGGUUCCACCCGCUUGGCCCUCCCACCAGGCGGCGCAGAGGCUGCCGGCGUGGCCCCCGACGUGCUCAGCCCGCUCCGGUCGUACGUCGCGCUGCCGCAGGCCACCUUCGGCCUCGGCCCCAAAAGGUGCGCCUCUGGCGCCUUCGGUAUUGAUCUAAUUUUUUCGCUCAAGGUUUCAUGUGGAUUUAUUUACAGAUGGGAACUUCCAACUGACAGGCCUCACUAUUCAUCAUCAAGCACCAAUGAGGGGCGGCAUGAUAUGCAUCCUCCUCCCAUGGACCCUGAGAAGUUGAAGGCCGUAAUUGCUAGAUACUCACAGUUUGGAAAGGCGCUCCUUAGGAUUGCUGGGACUAUAUUGGUGAUUGGAGAAGCAACAGCUGAGCUGCUGUAUACUGCGAAUAAGCUUCAGUUGCAUUCUGUCGACGACGUCAGAGCUAAAGGAAAAGAACAAGCUGAUAUGGUCAAAGUACAACUAGCUCCACUAAGGAAAUGGGCUGAAGACACGUCCCGAAAAUGGCAUUACGAAGGCAACAAAGAGUCCAAGGAGAAGCCUCUCCUUGAUAGAGAGCUUUCAAGAGCACUUAGUGCUAAGACACGUCCGAAUUGAUCAAUACAUACAACUUAUUGUUGUUGUUGCUGUUCUUGUUGUUGAUAAACACAAGCUUAUACAGCUAUCCACCAUUAUGAAGCUCUUUAUUGUAACCUGUAAGUCCACCAUUACAAAA